UGCAGUCCCUGUGUUCCUGAUCAGUAUGCAAUUCCAGCACUAGCGGCAGGGUUGUAGUGUCUGUUACAGAGGGAUAUUUGAGGACUGCCCGCUUAAUUUAGAGAGGGAAAUUAGCUAGUUGGCUAGCUAUGUUGAUUUAACGAAAUAACUGCACGAAACGACAAUAGAAGCUCUAAGGUUGGAAAUACAUUUGGGGAUUUUAACAUCGAACUGUAUAUCAGUGAGGAUGGAAAUUGAAUGUCUAAGUUUGAAAGACCUCAUAAGUCCAAAGCAUAUCAAAGUCGACCUGGAUGGAACAGGAGGUGAACAUGAGCACAAGGAGAACAUAUGUGUGGAGAGGAGACGAGGCACUCCGCUGAAGAGUGAGCCUGCGGCAGCCAUGUUGCUUUAUGGCAGGAGGGCUCCUAUCCCAGACCUGGUCCACAUCACCCCCAUAAAGCACCCUGACCGGGCCCACCCCGCCCCGGAGCCCUGGACACCCACGGCUAACCUCAAGAUGCUAAUCAGCGCCGCUAGCCCGGACAUCCGGGACCGGGAGAUGAAGAAGACGCUAUUCAGGCCCAUAGAGAAUGAGGGGGACAAGAUGGCCGAGCCACAGGUGGAGGAGAUGGAGGGGGAUGCAGAGGAGCCAUGUCAGUUUGAGGUGGUGGAGGACGAGGUGGAGGAGGACGGGGAGAGGAAGCCCAGCCGCAAGCAGAAGAGCCUGGGGCUGCUGUGCCAGAAGUUCCUGGCCCUCUACCCCGACUACCCAGCGUCAUCCGAGGAAAUCAACAUCUCCCUGGACGAGGUGGCCACCAGCCUGGGCGUGGAGCGCCGGCGCAUCUACGACAUCGUCAACGUGUUGGAGUCGCUGCUGAUCGUGGGCCGCAUGGCCAAGAACUGGUACGUGUGGAACGGCCGCCAGCGCCUGGCCUCCACCCUGGCCGAGCUGCAGGCGCUGGGCCGGAAGCAGAGAUACCACCUCCACAUGGAGCACCCCAGGGAGGGCAGGGAGACCAGCGCCGCCACACUGUCCCCCGAGGACGGGGGCAACGCCGACUCUGGCUAUGCUACCGCCAGCAAGAGGAAGGACAAAUCCCUUCGCAUCAUGAGUCAGAAGUUCGUCAUGCUCUUCCUGGUGUCCAGCACGCAGACUGUCACCCUGGACGUGGCGGCCAAGAUCCUGAUCGAGGAGAGCCAGGACACAGCCAGCCACAGCAAGUACAAGACCAAGGUGCGGCGCUUGUAUGACAUUGCCAACGUGCUGACCAGCCUGGACCUGAUCAAGAAGGUGCACGUGAGGGAGGAGAGAGGGAGGAAGCCGGCCUUCAGGUGGAUCGGACCCACCCACUUCCAGACCAGCGAUGGUGACUCUGAGGCCGCGGCGGGCAUUACUCUGCCGGCGUCUCACGCAGACACACGGCCGCCGCAGGGCGUCCGGCAGCCCAGGAUGACGCGCCACGCCUCCUUCACCGUCGCGUCCGCCUCCUCGUCCGCCCGGCGCCGCGUCAACUCCGCCCCCUGCAGCCCGCGCAGGGAGGCCCCAGGACUCCCGUCCCAGCCUGUGGAUUAUUCCAGAAAGACGGCGAGCAGCGGCGCUGUGUGCCGCCUGCAGUUUGGAAACGCCGCGGACCCUCAGACCACCCCAGGACUGAGGACCCCCAGCCCGCAGCUCCACUCCCCCCCCCUGGCCCCCCUAGCCGUAUCCCUCCACACGGAGGGCCCCUUCGGCCCGCUGCCCCCCGCCGCCUCCCUCCCUCCGCACCACCGCCUGGCCUACCUGACCAGCCUCUCCCAGCCCUCCGUGGUCAUGCUGUACGGGGGGCCCGCCCCGCAGGACACCCGCCCCAGGAUCCCCGAGGGUCAGAGGUCACCGGAGAGCCUCCUGGGGAAGAGGCAGAGGGAGGAGGAGGAGGGGGAGGGGUCGGCGAAGAAAGACAAGGUCGAGUCGAGCCGGGCUGAGGAUAGUGAGGAGAGGAGAGAGGCGAGGUGGAGCCAGGAGGCUGGAGGCUCACCGCUGACCAGCCCCAGACCCCCACCCAGACAGCCCGCUGAGCCCAGAGACACGUCCUCCUCCUGGGCAGCCAGAGACGGGGAGGUGGGCCAACACAGCCCCAGCGAGCUGGGCCAGCCCUCACACUACCUCUACGUCCCCCACUCUGCAGGUCUCAACUUCCUGUUGUCCUCUGGCCAGACCCCCAGCAGCCUGGCCCUGCCCCCUGGCAGUGUGCCCACCAUGGCCUACCUCCUGGUGCCCUCCGCCCUCCCACACUACCCCGUCAUGGCCGGCGGCCUCCAGGCCACGGCCGCUGACGGCCACGCCAGCCCCAGCUUCAGUGUGCCGGCCGUGGUCUCCCCCGCCCACUUCAUGGUGGGUGCCGGGCACUACGCUGUGCCGGGAGCUCCAGAGUGCGGAGGGUCGGCGCCCUCUCCUGCCAGCCCAGAGCAGAGGAUGGCGUACGGGCCGGCAGCAGGACAUCCUCACUCUCCCCUGGAGACCAGGAAGGCUGUUAGCAUGCCCCUGACAGAACCACUGACCCCUCAGACUCCCAAGGAGGCUGUCGCCAGAGGAUCCUUCUUCCAGACGCCGGGAACUCUGGGAAAUGUAGUCAUGGCCUCCGGCGGCCGCCGAAGAGCAUCCGCUCAGAGGAGGCUGGACAUCGGUCACCAACCGGCUAAUUAGAGCCCUGGGAGGUGUCUGAAAAAGGGAGGAGCCACCUGCCUCUGAGCUUCAGGGUCAUUUUGAACCAUGUCCACAUGGUGAGGUCAUAACUGAGCAUGCCUCCUUCUAACAGUGCUGCUAAGAGAGCCAUGGGAACUGGAGUAUGCACCAACGAGGAAGAAACACUUCUAAUACCUUUGUUUGGGGUUCGAAAACCACUGGUGCUUUGUUAGUUCUGGUAUUUGAAUGCUGGUCUGUACGGUACCUGUUUAAAGUGCCUAACUAUUAGACUGUAUGAAUGCUGUCUGAGGACUCAGAGAGACUGUGUUAUGUCGCCCUCCUGUGGUGGGAGGCAUCCCUGAGUCGAACUUGAUUUUGGAGUUUCAGCCUUACCUCCCACACCCCCGUACACAUAAUUGAGCUACCUAAUUCCACGAAACGUAUGAUAUCCCAACGUUAUUUAUAAAUUAGUUAAUAUAUAUGUAUCACGGCUGUAAUGCAACACAUUACGAAGUGACUUAUUUUUUUAGCACUAAGUAUUUAAAGAAUGUACAUCUGAUUCUAGAGCCAUGCCUCUUUUAUCUGACCCCCUUCGGGAAUCCAAACUGUAUCUGUGAGUAAACGUAACAGUUGAUUAUAGGUCACAGGGAGUUGAAUGUCCCUCUCGUCACAUUUCAUAGAUGGUUAUGAUUUAGUCAUUAUUAAAUCUGAAUUAAAUGACCAAACUCACCUGUGCUCUUCUAUAGUAGCGCUGGCUGGCUGUUGGCUAUGAAGGCUAAUGAACAGGUUCACUUUAAGAGCAAUAUGCAGGUUUGAAAAUCGUUGAAUGUGACAAAGACCAAAUGUUGGCAUGCCUUUCUUUGACUGGUGUGCAUGAGCUUAUGAAAACAAGGGCAGAGUGAAAAUGUGAAAAUGACUUUAUGAAGCUCCUCCAUACUUGAAGGACUUGUGUGUCCCAUUCGCUGUGGCCAAGGGAACUCUCAGUACUGUAAAUGCAUGAAACUACACAUGCAAAUUGAGGAUAAUUGAGCUACAUCAACUGGUGCAGAUCAUCCAACUGAAACGUGGAUGUGUAGUUCAUGUACAAGCUUUUUUUUUUACCAUUACUUUUGUAUAUUGUAUUCAAGUAUUUGUCAUAAUCAUUACUUCCAUUGAAAUGCAGGAUGUUAAUUUAAUGCUGCUUUCUGUAUUUUUAAAUAAUAAUUACAAUGCUAGUUACAAUAGUUAAAUGUAUGCUUCUCAACAAAAAAAUGAACUUUUCUGAUAUUACAAUACUUGAACUGUGAUUAACUGGGCUAACUAGCUGCACUACUGUGUAUGUUAUGGGGCCAAAAAACACGUUCUGUAUGCAUCUGAAACUUUUGUAAUAAAUAAAAAAUCUAAAUGCAUUUCAUUUUGUUUGAGUGUUCGCAAAUGUAUUUAUCAUCCUGAAGAUUAAUGCCAUGUGCACUGACAUUGUUCUGACCACGAGAG